AUGAUCCCCACGGGCGGAGCACUGCUGUGGGCCCUCUGGCUGAUCCUAGGGGCCCAGGAGGUGGCAGCCAGGGCCAUUGUCCGGAGCCAGGCCAGAGCAGGUUGGGCUGGUGGCAGCGAAGGGGACACCAUCCCAUCGGGGAUCCUGAACAAGGUCUGGCCCAACAGCGUGAAAAGGGAUGAAUAUGAUUUGGUCAGGAAAAUGAUAAAUACGGCGGAAGGGGAGGAAGACUACUCGGCCGCAGCAGAUAAACUGGCUGCCCCGGCUGCUGCCGAGCUCCUCUCUGCCUCCGUGGCCUCAGUACCUGGGAACAGGGAAGUUCAGGGUCAGGAGGAGGACCAGCAGCCUGAGGAGGCUGAGGAGCAGAAGGAAGACCAAGAAAAUGAUGAUGAUCUAGAGCAGGAGGAGAACGAGGACCAGGAGCAAGACUUUGACCAGAUAGAGGAGCUAAAGCAGUAUUCCGAAGACCCAAGACAGGAUCCGGGUCAAGGGCAGGGAGUGGAGCAGGAACAGAACCAAGAGCAAGGCCAGAUGCAGGAAAUAAAGGAGGAAGAGCAGCAAGAGCAGGAAAAGGAGCUUGAGGAACAGAGGCAAGGACCAGGGGAAGAGGGCCAAAGGCACUGGGAGGAGGAAGAGGAGCAGCAGCAAGUGCAGGCACAGCAGGAACAGAUGGAGGAGCAGGAGGAGGUGCAGCCUCAGAUUGGGGAGCAGACUGAGGGGCAGGCGGAGGAGCAGGAGCAGACGGAGGAGCAGGAGCAGACGGAGGAGCAGGAGCAGGCGGAGGAGCAGGAGCAGACGGAGGAGCAGAUUGGGGAGCAGAGGGAGGGGCAGGCGGAGGAGCAGGAGCAGACGGAGGAGCAGACUGAGGAGCAGGAACAGCAGGAACAGGCAGCGCCUCGGCUUCCAGCGCUGGGGCAGGUUCAAAAGCAAGUGCGGGUGCAGCCUCAGAUUCAGAAGCCAGAGGAGGAGAAGCAGGAGAAGACUGAGGAGCAGGAGGAACAGGCACAGCCUCAGCUUCCAGCGCUGGGGCAGAUUCAGAAGCAGGCGCUGAUGCAGCCUCAGCUUCAGAAGCAGGAGAGGGAGAAGCUGGAGCAGAAGCAGACUGAGGAGCGGGAGCAGCAGGAAACCGCGCAGCCUCAGGUUCCAAAACUGGGAAAGACUCAGAAGCAGGUGCGGUUGCAGCCUCAUAUUCAGAAGCCGGAGGAGACUAAGGAGCAGGAGCAGACUAAGGAGCAGGAGGAGCAGACUAAGGAGCAGGAGGAGAAGGAACAGGCACAGCCUCAGUUUCCAAAACUGGGGCGGUCGCCGGAGCAGGAACAGGAGCAGACGGAGGAGCAGGAGCAGAUGGAGGAGCAGGAGCAGACGGAGGAGCAGGAGCAGACGGAGGAGCAGGAGCAGACGGAGGAGCGAGAGCAGACGGAGGAGGAGGAGGAGGAGACGGAGGAGCGAGAGCAGACGGAGGAACAGGAGGAGAAGGAACAGGCACAGCCUAUGUUUCCAGCGCUGGGGCAUACUGAGGAGCAGGAGCGGGAGCAGACGGAGGAGCAGGAGCAGCAGGAACAGGCACAGCCUCAGCUUCCAGCGCUGGGGCAGACUGAGGAGCAGGAGCAGGAGCAGGAGCAGAUUGAAGAGCAGAAGCAGACUGAGGAGCAGGAGGAGCAGGCACAGCCUCAGAUUCAGAUUCGGGCGCUGGAGCAGAUUCCCCAGCAGGAGGAGCAGGAGGAGCAGAAGGAGCAGGAGCAGAAGAAGCAGGAGGAGCAGGAGGAGCAGAAGGAGCAGGAGGAGCAGGAGGAGCAGAAGGAGCAGGAGGAGCAGAAGGAGCAGGAGGAGCAGAAGGAGCAGGAGGAGCAGGAGGAGCAGAAGGAGCAGGAGGAGCAGAAGGAGCAGGAGGAGCAGGAGGAGCAGGAGGAGCAGGAGGAGCAGAAGGAGCAGAAGGAGCAGAAGGAGCAGAAGAAGCAGGAGGAGCAGGAGGAGCAGAAGCAGAAGAAGCAGGCAAAGCCUCAUAUUCAGGAGCAGGAGCAGGAGCAGCAGGCACAGCCCGUGCAGAAGCAGCAGCAUGAGGUACAGAAGAAGAAGCACGUACAGGAGGCAAGGAUGGGUCUGGGCCCCGGGCCUAGGAAAAAGAACUUACAAAUUUACCGCCGCCUGGGGCUUAAGGCCCUUGAACCGCCACCACCUUCCUCAAAACAGCUUUCCAGCCGAAAUCGGGCUCGGGCUCUCGCUCGGCCCCGACACACGCCGCUGACGCUGCUAACCUGGGGGCCGUGGCAAUGUCACUGCGCCGAGGGUACCAUGACCCGCGUUCGGGGAGGAAAGAUUUUAGGUUUCACUGGAAAUCUCCGAUCUGGAGCUCUAGGCCGCCUGCACACCCAGAGCCUGCCCUGCACCUACGCCCGAUGCGGCUGUAGCCAGGAGAAGAAAGAAUGCCCCUUAGACAACUCCCCGUGCCCCUCCUCCUCUCCCGGCUGCAAGUACCACUCUUCCCUGUCUCCGUUAGAGAGGCGGGAAAGCUCUGUGAAUGACACGGCGUUUUGGAAGCAAGUCCGAGAGGGGCUGGAAGAAGUUUGGGUUGGACUCCAGACGCUAGUGACGAGAAAAGGAUAAAGAGAAAAAUCAGAAGUGAUGGCCACCCCAUGUCCAGCCCCAGAGGAUGAGGAAGGGGUGUCAGCAUUCUAAUCUCUUUCCCCCUUCUACCUCUAACUUUCCACAUCCUAUAGACAACUUUCAUAAAGCAGUAAAGUCUAUUCAUAAAAACAAAA